UGUUUUUGCAUUGUCAUCUGCUUUGUGAGCAUGGACAGAUGACAUUAGGUUGAGGACGGCGAAAACGGAGGCAUGGGACGUUCUCGCCAGAGUUCCCAACAAUCGGCGCAGUAUCAAGGCUUGCACUCCGUUCCGCCAUCCACCCGCUUAUCCAUGCUGAGUCAGGACGCUGACAAGUUCGGUGUCCCUCCCACCUUCCCCGCGGCUGUUGGGCAACUGCCGGCAUGGGGGAACGAUCCGCCCGACCUCCGAGAUGUGCGACCGGGUCAUGUACCUUUCUACCAUGGUCGAGAUGACCAUGGGGGCGUGACCGGCCGCGGCAGUUCGUCUGCCGCUAUGUACGCACAACUGACUGCCGCUCACAUGCCCGUGCACGGGGGCAACACGAUCGUUGCAGGCAGUUUCACAGCGGCGCUGUGCAGGGAGUACGAAGAUCCUUUCUCCGGUGGUCUCCGUAGACGGAUGUCAAUGGACGAUCUGUCAGGACCACAGCAGUGUUACGGGGUGACAUCCAACCAGCAGUGGAAUGGCGGUGUGUACAUCCAUGGACAGAAUGACUUAUCGAGACGUGGGGCACAAAGCGGGAGUGGGCAGGGGACAUUGCCACAGGGAGGAACGCAGGGGCAUGGGCAAUCACAAGCGACGAUGGGGGCGAACGUGGACAGUGGCAGUGGUGUGCGUGAGGGGCAGGCGUGCUCUCAUGCAGGCCCCCAGCAGGUCACAGUCGAGGCUGGGUCGUCCGAGUCCGUCGAUCGUUUGCGUGCCGGCUUGCCACCGGCCAGCCGUGGUGAGGGAAGGGGGCGAGGUGAAGGUCGACAAGGCACAAGUGACAGCAGUGGACAAAGCGGUCGGGCAAGACAACCGACACGGGGAGGACGUGGCAGAGGAGGGUGUACUCCACCCUCCUCUGCGUGCCCUACGGAGGCGAGUGGGAGUGGAAAGGACAUAGGGGGGCAGGAGACCAAUGAGAACCCGACAACAGUUGACGAGGGAAUGCGUAAAGGAAAACCUCCUGCCAAAAAGAUAGUGCCUUGGACGCUGGAGGAGUGCUUGGCGUUAGCGAAAUGGCAACGUGAGGAUGACGCCAUGAUGGCAGAUGCGUCCGUCAGGCACAGGUGGAUGAAGAAGGGGGAGAGACAAGAGUGGGUGUCCGAGCGCAUGACAGAGGAAGGGAUUAUGAGGUCCGCUGAGGACUGCAGGAAAAAAUGGUUUAACCUGGGACAAAAACUGAAACUGCUUGUGGAUAAGGUGGGGCGGUCAGGCCAUCAAUCGUAUUGGGAUAUGACCGAAGAGGAGAGAGAGGCCGAAGGUCUUUAUGCCACAUUCGAUCGACGUCUUUGCCAGGCGAUGGAGUGGAUGUUGCAAAGACCGUCUGGGACGUGUGAUGAAGCGAUGAACUCGAACACCAUGGGUGGAGCUGAAGCAGAAGGCAUGGGGGGAGGUUCAGGUGACCAAGCAGGGUCAGAUAGAGGAGGGUCCGACACGUCGGGAAGUAGGUCGAAGUUCAGGCGAACCAGCGGCAGCAGAGUCCAUGUUGGAGAUGACCCAUCUUUUGUGUCGUCUCUGUGGGAGCUGCCAUGGCUGAGUCCAUACAUGUAUACGUGGAGGGUUUGGAUAGAGCCGCGGCGACGAUUGCUCACGCGAACAAGGAGGGUGCGACCAUCGUCGCCGGGAGCAUUGGCGAAAUGGCGACGCAAAUAGGUGCAGUCGCAUCAGCCAUGGGUGAAGGGAACGCUGUGCUGCAGCUCCUGGUUGGUGUGAUGGGUGCCCGGAAUUCGGGCGGACCGCGGAAGAUCGGGGGGUGUAAGAGCACCGAUCCUUCAAAGCGGUGGGUAAUGAAGAGGCUGGUAACAAACGGUACAGGGUACG